GGCUGCGCACUGACGCGUCCCGGGUCGCGCCGGCCCAAGAUGGCGUGGUCCGCGUCGGUGCGCGGGCUAGGGCAGCGGGUGCUGGCCUGCAGCCGGGAGCUGCCUGGCGCCUGGCGCACCCUGCACACCUCCGCGGUCUGCGCCAAGAAUCGGGCGGCGCGAGUCCGCGUGGCCAAGGGGAACAAGCCGGUGAGCUACGAGGAGGCGCACGCCCCGCACUACAUCGCACACCGAAAGGGCUGGCUGUCGCUGCACACAGGUAACCUGGAUGGAGAAGAUCAUGCUGCAGAGAGAACCCUGGAGGAUGUUUUCCUUCGAAAGUUUAUGAUGGGCACCUUUCCCGGCUGCCUGGCUGACCAGAUUGUUCUGAAGCGCCGGGCCAACCAAGUGGACAUCUGUGCCCUGGUCCUCAGGCAGCUGCCAGCACACAAAUUCUACUUCCUCGUGGGCUACAGUGAGACUCUGUUGUCACACUUUUACAAGUGUCCUGUGCGACUCCACCUGCAAACUGUGCCCUCCAAGGUCGUGUACAAGUACAUAUAAAAAGUGCACUUUUCUCCAGUAGAGCCUACAAGGUCACAGAGGUGCAGGAGACCAAAUGCCUGUUCUCUGAGGUGGAGGCGUCAGCUCCAAGCUGCUGUUGAAUAAAACCCUGAUCAUGUUUUGUCCCUCUGGGUCUCUCUCUCUUUCUUUUUUUUUUGAGACAGGGUUUCUCUCUAUAGCCCUGGCUGUCAUGGAACUCACUUUGUAGACCAGGCUGGACUGGAACUCAGAGACCCGCCUGCCUCUGGGUGCUGGGAUUAAAGGCGUGUGCCACCACCGCCUGGCCUCUCUUGGUCUCUUUUAAAGAUUUUAUUUUUAAUUAUGCGUGGGUGGGUCUGUCUGUGGAUGGGUCUGUGUGUGUGUGUAUGUGUGUGUGUGUGUGUGUGUGCACAUGAGUAGAAGGCAUUGGAUAUUCCUGGAGCUGGAGUUACAGUUAGCUUUUGUAAAUGAAUUAAACAUUCAACAGG